AGUUGUACGAAGCGGUUGAAUGUUAGUUUUGAAUAUGGAAUGCCACGUUGUUUCGUUGUGUCUCAAUGGCAAAGCAAUACGAAUGGAUGUCUGAAAUACUUAAUUUACGCCUGGACAUUAGCCACCUACUUCACGUUCGUCUUGAUUCUAUCGAUUUACACCGCCAGUGAGUGCAAACAAGUUGAUUUUUAUUUAAUCUACUUAACCAACUGGAAUGUGAUGUUGAAUGCACUUUCAUCACUGUUCGGUGCCAUUGUAAUAACACGUCAUUACAACAACAGUAACACACUUGACAUGGACAAUGAACGUGAAACAAAUCGAAUGGGAAAAUUGCUCGAAACACAUUGGUUUCUAUCAACUUUGUCACCCGUUGUCAGCAUUUCCGUUUCGUUGGCUUAUUGGCCGAGCUAUGAUGGUCGAGAUGCAGGGCUAAAUGAUGUGCUAACACAUGCUGGUAACUCAGUAAUAUUAUUCGCAGAUACUUUUAUACAUGCACGACCGCCUAGAUAUGGGCAUCUGAUUUAUCCGCUGGCGUUCGGAAUUGUUUACUUAAUAUUGUUCAGUUUACCGUACCAGCUUCUCGGAGGAUUGAAUAGACAUUAUAAGGCUUACAUUUAUCCUAGCUUGGAUUGGACUAACAACACAACAGUAGCAAUUAAGUCAACAUUGUUGCUGAGCGCGUCGUUUGUAUUAGUUCACUUAUUCGUAACGUUUUCAAUCACUGUUCGAUGUUAUUUGUAUACCAAGUAUAAAUCGCCUAAGGAAGUUAUGGAGGUUAAUGGGAAGAGCUGCCAUGAGCAAUCAAUUGUGUAGCUUAAAUGAGACUGACUCAAAAUACAUAAUUUAGC